UUUAUACUGAGGAUGUUUCUUCUUGCAAGUUAGAGCAUCGCUGUUUACUUCACUGACAAGCGUUGGAGUGUCCAGAACAAGGCUCUCAGUUAUUCACUAUAACCAGAUAUCUGCUGCACAGAGAAACACUGCCACGAGCAAGGAUGCCUUUCUCCGCUUGCUAUGGACUGACUCUCCUGUGUUUAACCAUGCCUCUUUUCCUCUUUGCACAAGUGGAUCAUCAGUGUAACAGGCCUUAUCAAAGGACUGUAGGACACGUCAACCCCCCCUGCUGUAUUGAAACCCAAAACGGCACCAUUAAGGAAUCUGUCAGCGCCUGCUACAUACAGAAUGAAAACACAUUUUCUAAUUGUAAAAUACAUGCUUACAUAUUUACCAAAGGGAAUAAAACCUGGUGUGUGGAUCCAACAUCCUCGUGGCUCCAACGAAGACUCCAGAGAUUAAGUACAAAAGGAAUAUGUUGCGUCACAUUGUGAGAGACCUUCGACUGUCACAACAACGAGGAUGCACCAUGAAGUCUAUGCAGAAAAACACUUUUUUCUAAUUAUUUUGAAAAAAUUCUCAAUUUUCUGUCUUUGUAUACAUUUAUAUAUUUAUAUAUAUAUGUUAAUAAUGUCUUUGUAGGUAUCUUUAUUGUCUUCUAAACUAAUACGGUUUUGACCGUUGUUGUCUUGGUGCUGUUGGUCAAUGAUAUAAUGUAUGUACACUUUAUACCAAUAUGUUUCCUUGGAAAUCUGUAAAACAUAUCAAAGGAAAAUAAAACCUUAAGGUCUAGAGGAAAAA